CACACAAGACAGGGGAAAACAAGACAAGACACGCCCACACAAGGGAAGGGAAAACAAGGAGAUACACUAGGAUCCUUACAUUAAGUCAAGAAUACCAAACGAACAUUUGGAGAGGGUGGAGCACCGGACGCCAAAUUGCCUCCUCUCCAGCAUGGUUCAGAAGGUGGCGGUGAUCGGUGCAGGGAUUUCUGGUCUGACCAGCAUCAAGGCCUGUUUGGAAGAAGGUCUGCAGCCCACCUGCUUUGAGAGCAGCCAUGACAUUGGGGGCCUUUGGAGGUUUAAGGAGAAGCCGGAACCUGGGCGUGCCAACAUCUAUCAGUCGGUGGUCAUCAACAGCUCCAAAGAAUAUAUGACUUUUAGUGACUUCCCUCCUCCAGCUGAGCUCCCCAACAACAUGCACCACUCUGAGUUGCUGCUGUAUAUGCGCCUCUACGCUCAAGCCUUCAAACUGCUGCAACACAUACACUUCGAGACGUCCGUGGUCAGUGUGAGGCAGACGGCGGACUUUGCAGCGACAGGCCAGUGGGAGGUGGAGACAGAGAGGAGAGAGGGUCAGAGGGAGACUCGUGUUUUUGAUGCAGUGAUGGUUUGUACCGGACACUUCACCCAGCCUCACCUGCCACUCAGAGACUUCCCAGGUAUUGAGAGCUUUGAAGGCAGAUAUUUCCACAGCUGGGAUUAUCGCAGCGCUGAGGGUCUGCAGGGGAAAAGAGUGGUGGUGAUCGGGAUCGGGAAUUCUGGAGGAGACAUUGCUGUGGAUAUCAGUAGAGUUGCUGAGAAGGUGUAUCUCAGCACCAGGAGCGGAGCGUGGGUUGUCAGCCGUGUAGGAGAGCGGGGUAUCCCGGGUGACCUGGUUUCAACCUCUCGAAUGGCUGUGAUGAUACAGAAACUCUUCCCCUCAUGGAUCAGCAGAAUGAUCGAGAAGAAGCUGAACGAAGUGUUUGACCACAGAAUAUAUGGUCUGAAACCAAAACAUGGUUUUUUUGCAAAGAUCCCUGUUGUGAAUGACGACCUGCCAGCUCGGAUCAUCUCAGGUCGUGUUCAGGUGAAACCAAAUGUGAAGGAGUUCUGUGGGUCCAGCGUGGUCUUUGAUGACGGGAGCACCACAGACGAGGUGGAUGUUGUGGUGUUUGCCACAGGAUACAACUACAGCUUCCCCUUCCUGCCUCCAGCUCUGCAGGCUAAAUGUGGUUACAGGCUGCGUCUCUACAAGCACGUGUUCCCUCCUGCACUGACCCAGCCCACGCUGGCGGUGGUGGGCUUCAUCCACGGCCUCGGAGCGAUCAACCCUCUGGCCGAGAUGCAGGCCCGCUGGGCUACAAGAGUGUUUAAAGGCUUAGCCCCUCUCCCCUCUGAAGAGACCAUGAUGAAAAAAAUUGAGGAAGACACGAAAACCAUGCAUCAAAAAUUUGCCUGCUCAGAGCGUAACCCCCUCCAGGUGGACUACCUCGCUUACCUGGACUCUGUGGCAGAGGAGGUGGGAGUUCGACCAAACUUACUGUGGCUCUUGCUGAAGGAUCCCAGACUGGCGCUGCAGGUUUUUCUGGGUCCCUGUACUCCUUAUCAGUUCCGUCUGACUGGACCGGGCCAGUGGGCCGGAGCCCGUCAGGCCAUCCUCACUCAGUGGGAGCGGGUGCUUCAGCCUUUCAGGACCAGAGUGGUACCAGAACCAGAGACCAGACCCUCUUCUAGAAGGAGCAUCGUGGUGAUUUUCUCAGGUGCUGCGCUGCUGUGCUGCUUCUUCUACAAUAAACACUGCCUCUCCUCUGUCUUCUCUCCUCCAUUAUUCAGAUCUCCCCAGUAAGCUGCAUGAUUAUGUACAUUAAUGAUAACAUUAUGGAGGCUGCAGUGAACUCAUUCUCUAUCUUUAAGGAUUGCAGAUAAGUAUGUUUUUAGACUGUACUAAAUUGACAAUUUUAAUGGGAAACAAAGUCUGAGAGUAUAUGUCAGGACAUCAUGCAUUUCAUCACUUUUAAUGUUGUUAAUGAUGUAAAAUGUAAUGACUUGUUGAAUAAAUGUUUAUCUUAA